AUGAGUACUGUCGACGCAGAGUCGAAGUGGGAAGGUGAGUCCAUCCGUGUUUUCCCAUUCACCGGAAAGGACAAGAAAUUAUGGCGAGCCUGGAGUCGUAAAACGUUGGCUGUCGGAAAAGGGAAGAAAUGGGAGAAGGCGUUGACGCAUGAUCUGAAUAUUGAGGAAAUUCAGAAGAAAGAAAAGAAAUUGAGUGACGAAGAAAGGAAGGCGCUGUCGAUGAACGACGCAGCGUGGAGCUACCUUGUGUGGGCAUGCCAAGACAGGGCAUUUAACAUUGUUGAUAAAGUGAAGGACAAUGUGGCAUUCAAAGCCUGGCAGAUGUUGAAGAAGAAAUACGAACCGAAGGAGGUUGAUGCGUAUAUUCAGCUGCAGGAUGAGUUUCAGGAAUGCAAGAUGGAGUCGGAUAAAGAUGAUCCGACAAUUUUUAUCGAAGAACUCGAAGUUAUCAAUGGAUGCAUGGGAGCCAUUCAGGAUAAGUAUGAGAAGGAUGAUGUGGAAAUGAUUUCGCAUAUCUUCUCGAAGUUGCCGGUUUCGUACUCGGAGUUCAUAACAAGUCAGAAAACGAAAGGCAUUCAGAAUACAUCAGUCGAGGACAUUAAAGAUGCUCUCAAGGAGUAUUGGAAAAGAACAAUCAAGACGUCGACAAAAACACGGAAAACCGAAAGGAAAGAGCGGAGGACGAUUUAG